GUAGAAUUAGAAGUUUGACUAGUUUGAGUUUCGUUUCAUUUCAUUACCGCUUCCUUCCUUAAUUUAAUUUUCAUCUCAUUCCGGUAUGCGGAAAAUACCUACAACUUGAGUUGCAGGAGGCACUAGGCAGUCUUUGAAAUGUGGAUCAAGUUUUUAUUAGUUCCUUUGACAGGCUCGGUUUUUACAAUCUACUUAAUAAAGAAAUACUACAACGGAAAAUCAUGUAACUGCAAUGUUAGCUUGAAAGGCAAAGUUAUAAUAAUAACUGGAGGCAAUUCAGGGAUCGGCAAAGAAACUGCCACAAUACUAGCUUCAAGAGGUGCUGAAGUGGUGUUAGCUUGUCGGAGUUUGGAGAAGGGACGUGAAGCUGUGAAUGACAUUAAACAGAAGACAGGCAAUACAUUGAUCCGAAGUGAGGAAUUAGACCUGUCUAGUUUUGAAAGCAUCAUCAAUUUUGUAAACAGAUUCAAGCAAACAGGAAGUAAGCUUUAUGGCCUUUUGAAUAAUGCAGGAUUGUUUCAUGUUCCUUACCAGUUAACCAAAGAUGGAUUUGAUGUCACCUUGCAAACUAACUAUCUAGGCCCGUUUCUCCUGAUUUAUCUAUUGUUGGAUAUACUAAAGGAAAGUUCUCCUUCGAGAAUAGUUAAUGUUGGUUCUGAGAGUCAUAGAUACCUGACUAGUUUGAAUAUUUCUGAAGUUAUCAAGGACUACAAUGAGCAUGGUGAUUUUGAUGAGUUUAUGUUUUAUGGAACUACUAAGCUGUGUAUCAUGCUGCUUACCUCUAAACUAGCAAAAUUAUUAAAUGGAUCAGGAGUUUCAGUAAACAGUGUAAAUCCUGGAAAUGUUCGGUCAAACAUUCACAGACACUUUCCUGCUAUAAGAGAUCUGCCACUGUGGAGUUAUUCUCGGUUUAUGCUGUGGCUGACAUUCAAGACGCCGUGCCAAGGAGCGCAAACUUCAGUUCAUGUGCUCAGUGACCCACAACUUUCAAAUAUCUCUGGAAAAUAUUUCAGUGAUUGCAGGGACACAGAAGUUUCUGCUCUAGCAAAAUCUGUUGAAUUAGAAGACAAACUUUGGAUAUCUACUCUUGGGUGGCUAAAACCUUACAUCGGAAAUGGCGUCAUUAAGGGAGGAGUGGGAGUUUAAUGGCGGAAAAUGUACUAAACAGGUGAUUUUUAAGGGGGAAUUAUGUGAACGCCCUAAGGAAAAUGCGACUUGUCAAGUCAAGAUAAGGAUAAAAGAAGGUCAUCCACAAGGUGCGGACUCUGAGUACUUGAAAAAGGAAUUUGGUCAA